UUAUUUUUUUCUCUGGUAUGGCAGGUGAAACAAUAAUAAAUUGUCAACAACUUUCUUCUUGUAGUUAUACUUUAAAAUAUGGAACAUUAAUACUGUACUUAGAAUAUACAUAGUACGUAUCACUGCCAUCUCUGUUGCAAUUAAUUGCUGGUAAAACAAAAAAGCAACAUUUGGGUGACAUAUUUAACAUGAAGUUCAAUAAAAAGUACAUUUAAAGAACGAGGUCACAGGGUGGGGUGAGGAGGGGUUUCAUCAUACCUGUCUUUGUCUGCCACAAAUAACCCCACUAAGACAGAUAUAGUUCACCUUAGUUUGCAAUCAUGGAUAUAAAUGAUUUGUGUUACUCUGCCGCCCCUUAAACAUCAUUCUUCAUCCAUACAAUUUUUAAAUAUUUAAAAAGUUGUUUUUUUAUGUGGCAAUGGAAAAUAAAAGCAAAGUCCUGAUAAGCUGGUGUCUGACAAGUGUGUGUCAGCAGAGUGGCAGUUGUCCUGGUCAAUAAUUACUGCAGGUGUGCUGCUGAGGAGCUCCGUUGAAGACACUUGUUGCUGCAGUGCGACUUUACUCUUACUGUUUCUCUUGUCUGAGUUCAGACAAAAUGCUGUCCGUCGGUGGUUUAUGACUCGGUCGCGUCCAUGCGACUGUGGGAAUAAAUAAAGCAGAAGUAUGUUCGAGUCUGUGAACCUGUCGAGAUCUGAUGACUUAAACCUGUCAGGUGUGGAGCUCACUCACCGCUCCAUCAAAGUGAGCAUCAUCAUCACCCUGGGCGUCAUCAUCACUUUAGGAAACAUCGCCGUUCUCCUGGUCAUCACUUCGUCCGUGGCCGGUUGGUCCAGAAGUUCUCGGUACUUUCUGCUGUCCCUCACCGCCGCAGACUCAGCCUUCGGGCUGCUCGUCAUGCCGCUGAACCUCAGUGUGAGUCUGCUGAAGGACUACAGUGAAGGUCCAGAUCUCCUCUGUCACAUCGUGGCCUUCUGCAACGCCACUAUCUACUCCACCUGCAUGUACACUCUGGCCACCAUCAGCCUGGAGCGGUACAUCGCAGUAUUUUACCCCCUGCAGUACUCAUCUCUGAUGACCAGAAAAAGGACGCUGCUUCUCAUCGCCUUCUCCUGGUGCUUCCCUCCAUGUUUACUGGCGCCAAUAACAUUCCCUGAUGGAAUCAUCGAGGUCCACUUCUCCAACGCGUCACUGGUCUGCAAUCCGUCCUACUCCACCAAUGUGGGCUACUCCAUAAGUUUGACCUGUUUCAUAUUUUUCCCCUGCUCGGGCAUCAUGACCUUUGCCAACCUGAGGGUGUGGUGCGCUGCCAAGAGGCAGAGACUGAAACUGCGCAAAUACUACUGUGAGCGUCGCAGCAGGCACAACGUGGCGUCCAGGGUGUUGGUGCCGGUGAUGGCAGCCUACUACACCUGCUGGACACCGUGCAUGGCAGCUAUGAUCUAUAAUGCAGUGGACUUGUCUGGAAGGUUGCAGAUUCAAAUCCACCAGCCACCAGGUUCCACUGAGGUGCACUGGGCAUGCAGUCUCGGGUCAGACCGUAUCAGAGUGGAUAGAGUUUGUCAUUGUAUGGCUACCCGCCUGCAAUGGCUUCCUGAACUGUAUCUUCUAUUUCUGGAUCAACCGGAGCUUCCGGAGAAAAUUUCACCUGGUCCUCCAGAGGUUGACUGUGUCCUUGUGUCCUAAACUGGCCGAGACUCUGGGAUGCUGCAACAUGUCCAAAUCACAGUUUGUGACUGUUCUGGAUAACAACAACACUGUUCACGGCCGUUCUUCCAGCGUAUCCUCCACCUGCACCCUCAUCUCAGUAGUUUAGGAUUUUCGGACUCCACAAACACAAACAGUAUUGAUGCUUCUCCAUACAUUUCUUGUCAUCUUAGUUUAGUCAAGGCUGAUAACUCAAGUCAGGCUAAUCAAUAGGGUUGUAUGUAGCUGUAGGUCAGAGGUCAUAGUGGCAAUGAUUCAUGUUGUAAAAUAAAUGGGUUGAUACAAAGGCUUUAGAGGGGGCUAUUAUAAAAGUCAUUACAUUUGUGAUUAAAGUUAUAUUAAUUUGUAUAAAUUAGUUUCCUUUUAGUGUUUUAAUCAAUCCCCUUCACAAUAACAGGUAUAUUUCAUUUAUACCUUCAUCUACUAUCUUUCUUUUUUAUUCAUUCACAUUCAACAGAAUAGCUGUGACUUCUGUCAGAGUCGACCUCUGCCCAACCUUUUAAAAUGUUUUAUAGUAAGCCAUCAACCUUGUCUCCGCCCCACUCGUACCUCAAUCAUUAAUCUGUGUGCAGUUGUAUAACCUUCAGCCAUUUAAUAGUGUCUGCUGUCAGUUGUUUGGACUUUUUCUCAGUUUAACACAAAGUUUACUCCUCAUAACAAGCUAACAUAUAUAUUUUUCAAUAUCCCAGACAUUACAAUCCAAACCUCACGUAGAGUCAGUUGAAGGAUUCAAGGAUUUGUCAAGCUCGAAUUCCAUUCAUACAUGGUUGAAAGUUUUGGUGUAUUAGAGCUUGUGGAAGUUAACCUUUAACUCGCAUCAUUUCGAUAUAUGCAAGGAGAAAAGCGAUUAAACAGCAACACAUUAAAAGGUCAGCAUAUUUGUGCCAGAGAGCCAGGAAUGACUUUUGAAGCUUGGGUUGCUUAUUUAGAGAAAUUAAGGCCAAGAACGUACUUUCAGUAUCAGCGCUCCUGUCUUAGUCUGAAAAGACUCUAACUUCCUCAUCUGCUGUUCCCUUAUCGCAAUGAAAAAACAGGAGCUUAUUUCCUGAGAAAGAACCUAAAAUUCAGUACUGUUUUAUUCAAGAAAUUUUACCCGUUAUUGCUUCUUGAUGUUGUGAUCAUUGAGCAUUUGCCCUCGAUGAGCUGUAAAAAGAUCAGUGUGUUGAUUAAAACCUGGCACUAAAUUGUACAGGGAAGGUGAAAAGUGUUUUUCUUAAUUUGUAAUACUGUUUAAAAUGAUUGUUUGAUAUUGGAUUAAUUUAUUGAAUAAAGCAUUGUGCAUUUAAA